AUGGUAUGGCCACUGCUAGCCUGUUUGCGAGACUAUUGCGCUAAUUGCUCCUUGGCCGGUAUCAGUUACAUUGCCAAUAACAAAUUGCAUAUCAGCGAACGUGUGUUCUGGCUACUUUGCGUCAUAUUGUCCGCCUAUGGCUCCUACACACUUAUUUCGACAUUCCAGCGAGACUUGGAAUUGUUCGCAGUGAGCAUUGUCUACGAAAGCCUAUCACCGUAUGAUAAAUACUAUUUUCCCAGCGUGGCGGUAUGUGAGACGAUGGAGAAGGAUGGCACCACACCACCAGUUGAAGAAUAUAUAAAAAGCUGGCCUGAUGACUAUGAAUAUGACAUUGAAAUAUUUGUACUAAAACUACUAUUUCCGCAUGAGUACAACUCGGGUAAUGCGAAGGCGCAUUGCUUCGAUAAGGAGGGCAGUGAUACAGAGUGUCCACAUACGGCCUAUCGAGAACUUAUAAGAAUGCUUCAUCAGAAUUGCACAACCGUAUUAGCGGAUUGUUCGAUGGGCGGCACGGCUUUCAACUGCUGCCAUUACUUUCUGCCACUUCAGACACCUUAUGGGUAUUGCUUUCUACUGAAUUCAUUACAAAAUAAUCAACCCGAUAGCAUACAUUGGUUCCCGAAUGUGGUUGAAGACAAUCAAGUAGCUGCGACUAUGCGUCUGGUUAGCAACGUGGCAGUUGAGGUUUUUGUUCUCAAUAGAGAAGAUGUACCCUAUGCCAAUUUAGCCGGUAUUACAGCGAAGAUAGCAACGCCAGGCAAACAUACGGACUUUCAAAUUUCUCUACUAGAAAUGGUUAACGAUCAUGAUGUGCAUGAAGUGUCACCAGAGCAUCGAGGUUGCCGUUUUCCCGAGGAGGUCAAGCCACACUCAUCUUUUCGUGUUUAUAGCUUCAGCACCUGUAUUGUUGAUUGUAUUCGUGCGCUACAAAUGCGCUCUUGCAAUUGCACGAUGUUCAAUUUCAUGCCGGUGGCGCGUAAGGAUGCACCCGAUUGCGAUUACGACGGUUAUUUGUGCUUGGAGAAGGAUACAAAGGCAACACCAGAUGUUAAGAGCCUGCUGCCAUGGCCCGAGAAUAAUGAAACAUGCGAUUGUUUACCUUCGUGUACCGACCACGAUAUACGUAGAGUUUCUGAAUAUAGUCCAAGAGUAACCAAAGGUAUUAACACACGCAGCAUUGCAAUCAGCCUCUCUAGUCGGCCCACGGAACGGUAUCAUCGUCAAGCGCUGCGUACACGCUUGGACAUUGUGGUCACUAUUGGUGGCACGUUGGGUCUGUUCUUGGGCGCCAGCAUUCUAAGCCUCAUCGAGUUCAUUUACUUUUUCACUUUGCGACUUUAUAAUAACAUUCGUAUGUCGCGAAGCAGUGGCCGCAAUGGAGAAGAAGUUCGGGGAGGAGUUUAUUAA